AUGGAUGAAUUACCGCCACAAAAUAAAGAAUCAGAUGGUCCUUCUUCUUCAAUUAACGAAAAAAAAAUAAAUGACAGUGACAAUGAUAAAAAGAACAAAAGAAAAUCUGCAACAAAAAAAAAGGAAAAAGCUGAAACUGUACCUUUAAUUAAACUAUUUAGAUUUGCUACUCCAUCGGAUAUAUUGUUUAUGUUCGCUGGUACUAUAGGUGCUCUUGGUAAUGGUAUAGCAAUUCCAGUAAUGUCCAUAAUAUUUUCUGGUUUUAUACAAACCUUUCUUGAUUACAAUCUGGCAAUUAACACAGGACAACCAGCUGAUGGAGCUGUGAAUAAAUUAGAAGACGGUGUUAAAACUUAUGCAUUUUAUUUCAUAGCUCUUGGUUGUUCCAUUUUUGUAUGUGCUAACUUACAAAUGUGCUUUUGGAUAAUCACCGGCGAAAGACAAACAAAGAGAAUUCGUACAUUAUUUUAUUCAUCAAUUAUUCAUCAAGAUAUCGAAUUUUUUGAUGAUACAUCAACUGGUGAUAUAACUACACGUGUUUCAGGUGAUAUUAGUAUAUUACAAGAAGGCAUGUCUGAAAAAGUAGGAUUCAUAAUUCAACAAUUCACUUGUUUCAUUGGAGGUUUUAUUGUUGCUUUAGUUAAAGUAUGGAAAUUAACACUCGUGCUUUGUUCUGUACUUCCACUUCUUGCAAUUUCUGGUGUUGUCAUAUCAAAAUCUUUAUCUAGCGAUGCAUCAGAAGGUCAAGACGCAUAUGCUGCAGCAGGUGGUGUUGCAGAACAAGUAUUAUCCGGGAUUAGAACAGUAGUGGCAUUUGGUGGUGAACAGCGUGAAAUACAACGUUACAUCUCAAAACUUGAAAUAGCAUAUAAAUUUGAUUUAAGUACCCAACCAACAGAAGAAGAUGAGACUUCUGUUAUAAUUGACGACAACUCAAAUAAAUUAAAUCUGAAACGUCUUACGACCAAAGCAUCUACCACUAAAUCAGUUAAACUUACUGACGAAGAAAUCGAAAAAGAUAGAUUGGAAAAUCCUGAUGGACUUAGAAGUAAAGCAAAUUUUUGGGCAUCAAUGUUUGCAGUCCUUGCAUUAGUAGCGGGAUUAGCAAACUUUUGUCAAAUAGCAUUAUUUUCAUUAUCAGCUGAAAAAUUGACAAAACGUCUACGUAUCAUGACAUUCACAUCACUUGUCAAACAAGAAGUUGCCUUUUUCGAUGAUGAAAAAAAUGGAACAGGUGUUUUAACUUCCAAGUUAGCCGUUGACGCUUCAAAAGUUGAGGGUUUAACUGGUAGUUUGAUGGGCAGUAUAAUACAAAACGCCACUAAUUUGGUUCUUGGUUUAGGAAUUGCAUUUUAUUUCGGUUGGAAGCUUACAUUAGUAAUUUUAGCCGCCUCGCCAAUCAUCGCAAUUGCUGGUUACUUGGAAUUUAAAGCUCUUGCGGGUUUUGGUACAAAGACAAGUAAAGCAUAUGAAUCAACAGGACAAAUUGUACAACAAAGUGUAUCUAACAUGAGGACAAUAGCAUCUUUGUCAAGAGAAGAGACAUUUAAAAAUAGGUUUAUUGAUGCGCUUAGAGAACCACAUAAAAUUGCUAUCAAAGGUUCAACACUUGUUGGCUUUGGCUUUGGAAACUGUAGUAUUGGUGAUCUUGACAUUUCUAGCAAUAUUAAUGAUGUUAAGAGUAUUAGCAUUAGUGGUGAUGAGCUUAGUAAUGUUAGCAAUGGUAAUGUUAAUAGUGACAAAAAUAACAAUUCAAUCAAUUUAACAUACAAAGUUUACCAUUUAAAGGUUUGGAAUGAUUUAUCACCUUCGAUUUUAAGAAAGAUCUCAAGAAUGUUUCAUGAUAUUAAGAUAUUAACAAUAAAAUUUUGUCAUUAUGUGAUUAUUAAUAAUAGACCAGAAAUUAAAAACCUUAUAGAAUCACAAAAAUCUUUGCAAGAAAUUAAUUUGUUAAACGAUUCUUUCUUUAUAUUUAAAGAAAUUGAUGAUUCAAUCUCAAAACAUUCAGAAACUUUAAUCAUGGAAAUUUCUUUGCGUUUAGAAUUUUUAGAUUCAAUAAGUUUCCCAAAUCUUGAGAAACUUUUUGUUUUUGGUGAUCAAAACGAUAUCAGAACAACUUUGGAUUUAAAAUUUUGUACAAAAAUAAUAGAGAAAACUAAAGGAAAUAUGAAAACUAUAAGAAUAGAAUCAAACAAAUUUCUAAACGGUACUUGGCGUUAUAUCAAAUCGAUACCUGUUCAUUGUCCAAAAAUUCAAAAGCUUACGAUAUUUUACGACAACCUCAACUUUCUUGGUUUAUCAAUGAAAGAAGACUUUGAAAAUAUUUUGAGAUCUUGUAAAUAUUUAAAGAUUUUAUAUGUUCAAGAGUUUCACCAUAGUAACUUUUGUUUCCUUGAUGGUAAUCAGAUUUUGAGUUCUUUGGCAGGUCAUUUAUCUUCAAAUAUUUUUAAAGAGCUACAUAUGAUCGGUAAUUGGACAAUUUCUCUUGAUGGAUUUAAAAUCUUUUGUGAACUUUGUAAAAUUAGAAAUAGAAAAAAAAUUACUUUGAAAUUUUGGUUUGAUGAAGGAAUUUGUCAAGAUGGUUUUGUUAAAAUUUAUGAGAAUUUUGUUGAUUAUGGAAUUUUAAAAUCUUUAGAAUUUGGUUGGAAUAGCAAAAAAAAAAAUAUUAAAAGAAUUUUAAAUUAUGAAGAAGACAUUAUUAUAUGA